CGGUGCAGGCACCAGCAGGGGCACUCUGGGCAGCUGGGAGAAGGCCCAUCUGGGCAAGCCUCUCCCGCAGGCCCCUCGGCCGGCCUGCCUGCUUCUCUUGCAGGUUUCUCCAAGUGCCUCCCUGCUCCUGUUUGCUUUCCCAUCUCUCCAGGUUUCGUCUUCCCAGUUCCCUUCUCGGGCUGGUGGCAGUGGGGGCUGUGCCUGGUGGGGUCCACGGAGAUGCUCAGUGCUCGGGAUCGCUGGGACGGGCCCCCCGCAGAGGGGGCAGCUGCGGGGCUCCAGGGCUUCGCCGUGGACAAGACCUUCCUCUCCUCCCUCAAAGGCAUCCUGCUGGAAACUGAGCUGGCCCUGACCUUCAUCAUCUUCAUCUGCUUCACGGCCUCCAUCUCCGCCUACAUGGCCGCAGCACUGCUGGAGUUCUUCAUCACGCUCGCCUUCCUUUUCCUCUACGCCACCCAGUACUACCUGCGCUUCGAUCGGCUGAACUGGCCCUGUCUGGACUUCCUCCGCUGUGUCAGUGCCAUCAUCAUCUUCCUGGUGGUGUCCUUUGCAGCUGUGACCUCCCGGGAUGGAGCUGCCAUCGCUGCUUUUGUGUUUGGCAUCAUCCUGGUCUCCGUCUUUGCCUACGAUGCCUUCAAGAUCUACCGGACCGAGAUGGCUCCCAGGACCACCCAGGAGGACCAGCAGUGACCCUGAGCUACCUGGCUCCUAGGACUAGCCAGACAAAAGGAACAGUGCAGCCCAGACACUUUUUCUUUGGAUUCACUAGCGCACAGCCCACUGCUCCCCAGCCAGGCCUUCAGAGAUGGAGUCUGGCCUGAGAAGUCACCAGGGACUUGUCUGUGGGGCUCAGUGCUCUGAGCUCUGUCUCCCGAUGAAGCUCU